AUGGUGUACAAAUACCCCAUCAUCGACGUCGUGCGACCCGCCACAAAGACGGUGGGGCCUCUGUCGACUGACAUUUCUUCCCGCAAAGAAUCCUCCAAUGCCGGCUCUUUCGAUUACAAGGCUCGUAUAAAUCAAUUCCUGCACGACAUCGGCUACCGCUAUGAGCCUACGCCAUCGGCUGAUCCCGAAUUCCUCCUGCUUUUCCAUGACUGGAUAAUCACGGAGGUACAACCCGUCUCAGGUCUAGACGAAAAGCGGAUAGCUGCGAUCGAAAACUGGGCCUCUAGUGUCCCCGUGUGGUGCUACCCGUAUGCGGACCUGGAGCCUACGAUGCUUAUGAGCAAGUUGACAGCGCUCGCACUAAUCAUUGACGACUCCCUUCUAAACGACAACGCCGUUCAUAAGCACAUAGCGCUCUUCACGCACCGGUUGUACAUGGGGGAACCCCAGCCUGCGGGGACUAUACUUCCUCUUUACGAAGAGUGCAUCCGGGCCUUGUCCACCUUCAUCGGCGAGGACGGGGUGCUGAGAGGCAUGGCCGUCACCCCUUGGAUCACAUACAUGGAAGCAGCUUCGUUGGAGAAGCGGAUUCAGGCAUUCGACGAGGAGGUCCGCGCUAGCCCAUUCGAUGCUGGCACCCCAGUCGAGUCUCUGGUAUCCCGCCGAGGGCAGGGCGGUGUUGGGAUCAUAAAGCUGGGAGCGGAUGCCAUUGCCUUCCCGCAUUUCCUGCGGGAAAAGACUGGGGUCAAUGAGUCGUACGCUGCCAUCAUAUUCAAGGCAAGCCGUAAGCAAGAACUACCGUUGACGCGAUAUAUUAAGGCAGUCCCGGACAUCUCCUUCACUGUGGCGGUCGUAAAUGAUAUAUUAUCGUUUCACAAAGAGGAGCUGCAGGGGGAAACCAUCAAUCUGGUGCACCUCUUGACCCAAUGUCUUGCCCCGACUCAGAAGCUUUCUGGCCAAAAAUGGGAUGUGAACGACACCCUCGAGCUCUUAUGUGAGCAGCUUAAGAAUGCCUUCUUGAGAAUCGAUUCUCUGCUUCGCUUGGAGGAGUUUGAUGGAGUAGUCACAGGUGACGAAGGGUUGAAUGAAAAUGCAGACAGGAUUAUGGAUAUGCAGAUAGCGAAACAGUGGAGGGCGUGGAGAGACGGGUACAUUUCCUGGCAUCUGGAGAGCGGGAGGUAUCAGCUAGACUUCUUGGGAUAUGGUUGCGACUCGCAAUAGCAGUAUAGACAUUUUGUGGGACGUACGGUCUCGUUGUGAUUGCUCCAUCAUGUACUUAGUAGACGGAUAACCGGACUGCAAUGCCAUACGCGCGCGGCCACAAAGUGGCUUUGACAC